CUUCUUUAGAUAGACCUAGGUUACUUUGAUUUCUAUCAAGAGAAAGUGUGAACACUCCAAAGAUAUUGAAAGUUGAAAAAAAAAAAAAAAUGCGGCUGCUUUUCUCCAAGCUACUUUCCCAACCAGACAUAGAAGUUAGGUUUUCAGUUCCGAUGGAAAGUCUAGACGCCUUUGAGUUCCCACAGGGAGAAUUCAAGGUAAAUUUCGAAGCGAUAGACAUCAAGGAGAAGCCAUGGAAUUUUCGUCUCACCAAAAGGCAGAAAGAUGUCCAUCCGAAACCAGUGCUGUCCGCCGAUUGGCUCGCUUAUGUGCAGGAGAAGCACCUCCAGAAAAACGAUAAGCUCCUUCUCGGCGUUGAAGGUAAAGAGGCGAAGAAAAGGAGAUUCCGAAUUCAUGCGCUGAGAAAAGCCUUCAGGCUUUACGGGGAGGACAUUUGGGUUGACGUAGAGAAGUUGGAGGAAGACAUCGUCAAGGGAGUUCCAUCCACGAAAUUUCUUCAAUUGGAUUAGAAGGUUCCACUAGGUACCUCAUGACUCUGCUUUUUCAGUUAAUUAGAGAAAAAAAAAAAAAAAAACUAGUUUCAUCAACGAAUGUUCUUCGAUUGGAUUGGAAUCCAUUUUCUUUGUAGUCUUCGGCCUUUUUGGUUUCUCUUUCAUUCCUCUCCCUUGUACAGUUUCUCCUUUCCUUUAACCUUU